CAAAGUGACGUUCUAUGUAAUUUAUUUGGACAGAUGUGUUAAAGUUUAUUUACAUAUUAUUUUUUACGAGUUUAUGUUAAUUUGUAAGUGUGAAGUUCAUUUAACGUGAAUAAACUCUACUGCAUUACCAUCGUACAAGGGAUUGUAAUAAAUUUACUCAAGGAAUUAUGAAUGAUAUAGCGCUUAGAUAAGAGCAGCUCUUAUAUUUUUACAAUGUUCAGAACUUCGAUGAAUAAAACUGUAAGGUUUGCUGUACGGCAGCUAUGCUCUACGAGUCAUGUUCCUCAUGUAUGUGUCGUGGGCGCUGGGCCGGCUGGAUUUUAUGCUGCUAUGCACUUAGCCAAGAAUAUAAAUUCAAUCAAAAUUGACAUCAUAGAAAAGUUGCCAGUUCCAUUUGGAUUAGUUAGAUACGGAGUUGCUCCUGAUCAUCCAGAAGUUAAAAAUUGUAUAAAUCAAUUUACCAAAUUAGCCAAGCAAAAGAACAUAAACUUUUAUGGAAAUAUAACCUUAGGGCAAGAUAUUACAUUAAGUAAAUUGAGGCAACAUUAUGACGCUAUUUUGCUAACAUAUGGUGCUGAAGAAGACCGCACUUUAAGUAUAGAGAAUGAAACUGCUAGAAACAUUAUUGCAGCACGCAAUUUUGUGGGAUGGUAUAACGGACAUCCUCGAGACAAAAAUUUAAAAGUUGAUUUAUCAGGAAAUAAGGCAGCUAUAAUUGGACAAGGCAAUGUUGCUCUAGAUGUAGCUAGAAUUCUUCUAUCGCCUAUUGAUCAAUUGAAAAAAACUGACAUUACUGAAUAUGCUCUGCAAGCAAUAUCUGAAUCAAAGAUUAAUGAGCUAUAUCUAGUUGGACGAAGAGGCCCUCUGCAAGUUGCAUUUACAAUCAAAGAAUUAAGAGAGCAACUUAAAUUAAAAAAUUGUCAAACAAUUUGGAGAGAAAAUGACUUCAUUGGAGUAGAGGAUGUAGUAAAUAAUCUUCAAAGACCUCGAAAACGGUUAACAGAGUUAAUGUUGAAAUCACUUAAAGAACAAAAAUCCCAGACUUGUAGUGCACAUGAAAAAACAUUUAGACCAAUAUUUUUUAGAAGUCCAAAUAAAUUUUUAGUUAAUAAUGGUAGUGUAAGUGGAAUAGAGCUCACCUGUAACAAAUUAGUUGGCGAUAAACUUGAAGAUCAGAAAUGUGUUGCAACUGAGGAUAAAGAAAUCUUAAAUUGCAAUCUUGUAUUUCGAAGUAUUGGUUAUAAAAGUAUAAAGGCUGAUGAAGCUUUAGUAUUUAAUUCGAGUGGAUGUGUUAGUAAUGAGAAUGGUAGAGUAAUAGAAGAUCACACUACAGAAGAACUAGCAAAAUUAUAUGUUGCAGGAUGGUUAGGUACUGGACCUGCUGGGGUUAUUAUACACACAAUGAGUAAUGCAUUUCAAGUUGCCAAGAAUAUAUGCAGUGAUUUACAAACUGGGACUGGUUCUCAUAGGGAUGGAUUUGAUGGUGUAAGAAAACAUUUAAAUAUUCCCAUAGUAGAUUGGAAUGGAUGGGAAAAAAUUGAUAAAUAUGAAGUAGAUCAGGGUAAAAAGUCUGAUAAACCUAGAGAAAAGGUAACAUGCAUAAACAAAAUGCUUGACAUUGCUACAAAAUGAUUAAUCCAAUAAAAUCUUCUGGUUUUAUAACCAAAAUGUAUUAUAAUUUAAGCAUAACUUAUGUAUAAACUUUGUUGUAAUGGGUGAAAUUGUUUAUUUUUUUAUACAUUAUUUGAGACAAACAAAAAUAUAGAAAAUUUAAGAGUAUUUUUGUUACUAUAUUAAAAAAUGUUAUAUAUUUUUAA